AUUUCUCAGAGAGCCUGAAUGCUUCCUUGGUACAUACUUGAUUAGUAGACUGACAAGAACAUUGAUAGGGCCAGGGUACAGAUGUACAUAGUUCCUUUAAAACUCUAUCUAAACCAAUUUGUUUUGUAAUGCUUUUGAAUGAACUGGAUCAAAAGCUGAUAGCUGGACUUUGGAUCAUACUUUUCCUGCUUUUUUUAAUUUUUAGCACUGAUAAGCUUUGGAAACAUCUCUCUUUUUAGGAAGGAGCUAAUUGCUUCUGUGAAUCCGAUUUAGAAAAACAAAACAAAAAAACCCACCUAGAUAUCGGCGAAUUAUCCAGCCGGCACUAUGUCCAAGUUCAUAGCUCCCGACAUUAAAAACUUUGUGGCGUGGGACUACGUUGUUUUUGCUGCACUCUUUCUAAUUUCUUCUGGCAUUGGCGUUUUUUUUGCAAUUAAGGAGAGGAAAAAUGUAACUUCAAAGCAAUUUUUAGUAGGUGGAAAGCAGAUGACAUGCGGACCAGUGGCAUUGUCCCUUACAGCUAGUUUCAUGUCUGCAGUGACUGUUCUGGGAACACCAGCAGAGGUAUAUCGCUAUGGAGCGCCCUUCAUUGUUUUCUUUAUUUCAUAUAUGUUUGUCAUCAUCUUUACUUCUGAACUUUUCCUACCUGUGUUCUACAGAUCUGGGAUUACAAGCACUUACGAGUAUUUGGAGUUAAGAUUUAACAAGUCUGUUCGCUUUGCUGCAACACUGAUCUACAUAGUGCAGACGAUUCUUUAUACUGGAGUAGUGGUUUAUGCUCCGGCAUUGGCUCUUAACCAAGUGACUGGAUUUAAUCUCUGGGGCUCUGUAUUUGCAACAGGAAUUGUCUGCACUUUCUACUGCACUCUGGGAGGAUUAAAAGCUGUUGUCUGGACAGAUGCAUUUCAACUGGUUGUCAUGGUGAUUGGUUUCUUAACGGUUCUGAUUCAAGGAACUAUUCAGAAUGGAGGACUUACCAACAUCUGGGAGAAUGCCAACAAUGGAUCGCGCCUAGCAGUAUUUGACUUUGAUGUAGAUCCUUUAAGGCGACACACCUUUUGGACAAUCACAGUUGGGGGAACCUUUACGUGGUUAGGAAUCUAUGGAGUUAAUCAGUCCACAAUACAGAGAUGCAUUUCCUGCAAAUCAGAAAAGCAAGCUAAACUUGCACUGUACCUUAAUUUAGUUGGACUCUGGGUAAUCCUAGUGUGUGCAGUCUUUUCAGGCUUGGUGAUGUAUGCCCAUUUUAAGAACUGCGAUCCUUGGACUGCUGGUUUCAUUUCAGCACCUGAUCAGCUGAUGCCUUAUUUUGUUAUGGACAUAUUUUCCACAAUGCCAGGACUCCCCGGACUAUUUGUUGCAUGCGCAUUCAGCGGAACCCUCAGCACUGUGGCUGCAAGCAUAAAUGCUCUAGCAACAGUAACAUUUGAGGAUUUUGUCAAGUACCGUUUUUCAAAUCUCUCUGAAAAAAUGAGCACCUGGGUCAGCAAAGGCUUAUGUAUAGUAUUUGGAGUGCUGUGUACUUCCAUGGCUGUGGCAGCAUCACUUCUGGGAGGAGUUGUCCAGGCUUCACUCAGCAUUCACGGCAUGUGUGGGGGGCCCAUGCUAGGAUUAUUUACACUGGGAAUUGUGUUUCCUUGUGCUAAUUGGAAGGGUGCUGCAGGAGGCCUAUUGACUGGGAUCACCUUAGCAUUUUGGGUUGCUAUCGGAGCUUUUGUUUACCCAGCACAACCUUCAAAGGCCCGCCCUCUGCACUUAUCAACAGCCAACUGCACUCUAGCUAACACAGAGAUGAUAACUACAUUGGCUCCUACUCUCCCUCCAAUCAGGCCUCAACUGGCAGAUACUUGGUAUUCCUUGUCCUACCUUUACUACAGCGCUGUGGGCUGUUUAGGGUGCAUUAUUGCAGGCCUUCUGAUAAGCUUUUUAACAGGCCCUGCUAAAGGAAAAGAUGUGAAGCCACUGUUAAUACGUCCUGUCUGCAACCUGUUUUGUUUUUGGUCUGAAAAAUGCAAAACAUUAUGCUGGUGUGGCGUGCAGCAUGACAGCACAAAAGAGGACUCUGAAAACAAUCUGUGUAAAGAUGGUGCAAAGAAGGCAGGGACAGAUGAGCCCAUUCACAAUGGAUUCAACAAUGAAACCCAGAGUCAUUUACCGGGUUAUAAUCAUCAUGAAAAAUCCUACACCAAUACUAUCAUAGAGACAGAAUCCUACUUCUAGCAGCUGCGGGGGGACAAAACCUAACUUCUCAUGGAAAUCAAACUGCAUUGCUCCAGCUUUAGAAAACAAGGACUGUACCUAGCCUGUCAGUUGUAUUUUACUAAGUCCUGGAUGACCAGAGCAGCAUAUGGUAGUCACUGCAGAGAGAGAGGUAAAAGCCAGAUUCAAUUUUAGUUAUGAAAUACAUAUUAAAUAUUAAAAAACAAGGCAUCCAUUCUUUAAAGACAGUGAUGCUGGGAAUGCUGUGUAUCA